GGUACAACAGCUAUUGUUGGUUGGUGGACGAGCCAGAUUUAAUUCACAAAAUGAAGUACAUCAUGUGUAUUUGUACUAUUUCCUGUUUAAAAUGGCUGCCAACACCGCCAGUUGUAAUCGUAGUUUUGUCUGUUUGUCUUACCACAUAGAGAAAACAUACUUCAUACAACAUUGUGGUUAUAGGUACAACAAGGCAAAUGGCUGAGGAUCUAUUGCAAUGCUGUAUAGGGAACAAAAUAGCUUCCUCCCGUGUAGGUGAAGGUCGGCCUGGGUCCUCCCUGGCUCUUCCAGUUGCUGUUAGUAUUUCAGUCUUCAUUGCUGUUCUCACUGUAAUUGUAAUAAUGUUCAUUUUGCUAAGGAAGAAGUACUCAUUCAAAGAGGGCAACUUGUCUAUAGCAAGAAAGAGCUAUCCAACAGGCAGUGUAGGGGAGGGCAGUAUUGGGGAGGGAGAAGAGGGAAAGACUGAAGAGAUUGAAAUGGAAGGUCCUCUCGUGAAUGUGGUGGUGGAUGAUGAAACAUGUGAGGAGGAUGGAGUCCCAAACCAGAUGCAGGAGGAAACUGAAGAUUACUUUCAAGAUCCUACAUCCAUAUUAUUGCCAGACAUUGACCCAAUACCAACUGAGAGGUUCCCAGAGUAUGUGAGGGACAUGCUGUAUGGAGAGGAACAUAAACUGAAAGCAGAGUUCUCGGCCCUGGGGAAACUACCUCAACCACCCUCCACUGUGGCUGUCCUACCACACAACAAGGCACACAACAGAUUCAAAAACAUCUAUCCUUACGACAGGUCUCGCGUGUGUCUCAAGGCGACCCCUGGAGUGGACAGCUGUGACUAUAUCAAUGCCUCUUUCAUUGAUGGGUAUGGAGGGAUGAAAAAUGCCUAUAUCGCAGCACAAGGGCCAGUGGAUGUGUCUGUGGAGAGUUUCUGGAGGAUGGUCUGGGAGUAUGAGACACCAACAAUACUCAUGCUCACCCAGUGCACCGAGGCUGGGAAGGUCAAGUGUGUGCAGUACUGGCCAGAGAAGCUACAUGACUCCCUCAGUGUGGGGGAAAAGUUCCGUGUCACCUUCUCUUCCAACAUGCCGUUUGCCGAGUACGAAUUCAGGAAAUUCAAACUUGAAAACUUGUCAGAGUCAGAGAGUAAGCACAUGACAGUGAGUCAUCUCCACUACACGGCCUGGCCUGAUCACGGAGUGCCCGACAACGUCAUGUCUCUCAUUGCCUUCAUCCGUCACGUCCGUAAACUCCACCCCGUCUCCCACCAGCAGCCACUGCUGGUCCACUGCAGUGCGGGGGUGGGGCGUACGGGGACACUCAUCCUCCUGGACAUCAUCAUGCAGCAGAUGAAGACAGAGGGCACUAUCAGUGUUCUCCACUGGCUGAGGAACUUACGCAUGCAGAGAAUGAAGAUGGUCCAGAGCCAGCAACAGUAUGAGUUCAUUCACUGUGGUCUGAGUGAGCUGGUGGUGUGUGGGGAGACAGAGGUGGCUGCAGCCAACCUCAGAAUUGCCCUCAAAAACCUGAAGAAAAAGGGACCAGAUGGAUUGACUGGCUUCCAGAGACAGAUGCAGAUAAUUGAGGAGGUGAGUUCUCACCAUCCAGUUACCUUCAGUGAUGCAGAGGAGGAGUACAACAGGAUAAGAACAGAUUCCCUGACAAACUACCCAAUGAUACUUAUCGUGUGAGACUGAGAUGUGGACCCAUGCCAGGUUCAGACUACAUCAAUGCCUCCUUUGUCAACGGCUACAAGCAGAAAGGUGCCUACAUAGCUACCCAGUGUCCACUGGAGAACACAGUGGCUGACUUCUGGAGGAUGGUCAACGAGUUCCAGUGUGGCUGUGUAGUCAUGCUCCAGGAAGAGGGAGAGGAGAGUAGCUGCUGUUUCUGGCCAGAGGAGGAAGGGGAGUCUGUGGUGCACGGGAAACUGUCCGUCAAACUGGUGUCAGUCAAGACUCACGGAGACAUUGUCACUAGGAAGCUGGAGAUGGUGGAGGGAGCAGCUCGACUCAAUAGACCUCACAUGGUCCACCUGCUCCAGCUUACAAGCUGGCAAUUGCAGGGUCUUCCCCACCCCAUGGCAAUCCUGUCUCUCAUCGACCAGCUCACCAGUACCCAGAUGAGGUGUGGGAACAGACGAACGGUCAUCAUGUGCAGUGAUGGGGUGAGUCGAACAGGAACCUUCCUCACCAUCCACUGCCAGUUGGAGAGACUCAAGACAGAGGGUCUGGUGGACUUUCUCCAGACCAUCAAGUCCGCUCGUCUUCACAGACCUGGACUCGUCAACAACACUGAUCACUAUGUGUUCUGUCACGAAGUCGUCAAUAUGUACUUGGACAACUUUGACACUUACGCUAAUUUUUAGUUCAGGAAGUCAUUCGAAUUUUUGUUGUGUGAAUGAUUGUAGGUAUUAUGGUGGAGUAUCCACUCAUAGCUCUAAUGCUUUUUGUAUUUAUACUACUACACAACAUAUGGAAUUUGUUCUCUUGUGGCCAAUUAAGUAAGCAGUUCUUGCACAUGCACACCGAGGGUUUCAUGAUGAAUUUAUCAGGCCACCUUCGGCCACCAAAAUUCACUGCCUGGCUAGUUGCCCAAUUAAAGGUAUGCUUUACCGUCACCAUGGAGCUGCAUGCCAUUGGUGGUAGCUGGUUAAUGGGCUGUAGUCGAUUGAGAUGCUUGGCUACCACAACAUAUGGGAUCUGUACUCUUCUGGUGGCAAGUUUGGUGCUUCAUUGUUGGCUUCCCACCUCAAAACUCGUGUAUCCCAAAAACUGUAGCACUUCGUAUCAGGUUCUCAUGGGCUAUUCACAGCCAUGCGAACCCUAGUACUGGUCCCUGUAGUAGUACUGUUAGUCUACUGCUCAGUAGUCUGUGCCACUCUUGAAGAUGAUGAAGUCGUGACUGCUAGUGUGUUCAGGAGGGAGUUGAAUAGGGCUAGACGUGCUAUACUAGGAACGAUUUUCAAGUUAUUUAAUCCCGGC